AUGGACUUCAGAGUGGAGGCUGGUGACAAGAUCCUAGCUGGUCAUAUUGCUUCUGCCCCAGCCAAUGCAACGUACACGUCAGGAGAUAUCCAGAACCAACUGAUCGACAUCAUUGGUGACCAGAUUGCCCAGAGGAUUGUUGAUCGGGUCAAGGAUGCUGGAUGGUUCACGGUCAUCGCUGAUGAGGUGACAGAUGUGGCAAACAAGGAGCAACUCAGCUUGGUGUUACGGUACGUGGACCUAUCGACAAAGGUGGUUCGAGAGGAUUUUGUCGUGUUCGUUGAGUGUGCAGCAGGAGUUACCGGAGAGGCCCUCGCUAAGCUGAUCACGGAUACCAUCACCCGUCUUGGCCUUGACCUUGGCAAGCUCCGUGGACAGAGCUAUGACGGAGCAGGCAACAUGGCAGGAGCCAGGAAAGGUGCCGCUGCCCGUAUCACAGAGAAGUACCCCCGAGCUUUGUACCUGCACUGUGCCUCGCACUGCCUGAACUUGGUGGUCGUCUCGUCUCUGCAAGAUCGUUUGGUGCAGAAUAUGAUGGGCGUCGUCACCCGAGUAGCAGUUUUCUUCGACUCCCAUCCGAAACGCCAGAAAGCGCUCGAGCCCCGCUUUGAAUGA